AAUACAAGAACCGGAUACGGACAUACGCUUAUCUUCAGCGACGGAAAUUCUACGCCGUGAUGCAUGAUGGUAUCUGAAGUACUUUACGUACAGUAACCGCAGGGAGAGUAAUGUUGCACAUCGGCUGAUGAUUGCUACUCUGUGUGAGACAGUGUUAUGUCAAAAUGGGAAGAAGCUAUUUAGUAGAUGAUUUGGUUGAGAAAUACCUCAUCACUCUUCAGUCUGUGGAUCUGCCAUUUGUCACUGGACUCUUGAUUGGGCAGAUUGCAGUCCAGAAGGACUAUGUGGUGCUGGCAGCACAGACCCCACAGCGGGAGAAAGAGGCUGAGAACACUGUGUCCAAUCGCAGUACAGCUGCUAGCUCACUCGAUGACAUUGACAUUCAGUGGGUCUCAGAGCAUGCCAAACAGGUUUCCCAGAUGCUACCUGGAGGUUUGUCAGUACUUGGUGUGUUUCUUAUUCACCCACCGGAAUUAUCAAAAGAAGCCCAAAACACGCUAAGACGGUUGCUCUUUGCUGUGGAAAAGCUCAUUUCGAAAGGAAGACUAUGGAAGAUCACAGAGGACGAUGUAUCCGAGAGAGUCAUGCUCCAAAUCUGCUCAAAAACGAGGAAAGCCAUUUGUCGGACGUUUGAUGUGAUGGACCCAAAGAGCUCGGCUAAGCCUGCGGAUUGGAAAUACCAGUCUGGAGUGUCUGGCUCCUGGCAGGCCCUGCAGUGCUCCGUUGAGCUUGAUCUGGAGUUCCCCAUCUCAGAGACAUCGGCUAAUAUGGACAAGUGCACAAAGGAAGGGCUUCAGAGGUGGGCCAAACAAAUUGAGACUAGUCUCUGCCUUAUCAACGGCAAAUGUCUGGCUGAUAACUUGGAUGUGACAGCAGGACUGAAAAAGAAUGCCAAAGCAAACCAGCCAAAGCUCCAGGCUCAAAUCCUCAUCCCAGCUGCGAUGUCAGGGGUGGAGCAGAGGUCUACGGCGUCAGUGCAGACCUGCGGUGGGGUCCUUACCAUGAAGGGGGUGGUACACUGCCGGGCCUACGUCUACACCAGCAAACCCCGUGCCCGGCAGGCUGUGGAGGCCAUCAAAAGAGAUGUCAUGAACACGGUUUUAUGCAGAACCGAGAUGCUGUUUGAAGACCUCCUUAUGAACAAAGGAGCUGUCAGUGGCCAGCAGCCCCUGCCACUGCGUGUGUUUGCCCCGGUGCCGGGCACUGCGUUGUGCGUGUGCGACUACAUGUUUCCUGAUGAAGCCACGGCAGAUGUAAAGGAGCGCUUCAAGGAGAUGCUGGACUGUGACAUUCCGGAGGAUUCCAUAGACACUUCGCAGGAAGCUCCUGUUGAAAAGCAAUCAGACAUUCAUUCUGAAGAAUGCAUGGGUAAUGUAACACCCGAGAGUCCAGCUGAAGCUACCAAACGAGAGAAAUCCCUUCGGCCUUACAUUGGUGUGGCGAUGGCAGCUGGAGUAGCCCUCCUGGCCAUGGCUGUGUCCCUGCUCUACCUUGGCGACUGAGAGAAGAACAACAUUUUUCCAGUAAAUGAAAAACAAAAAGCUGUGGUCAUACGAAGAAGAACGCCAAAAUAGAGUUCAGUAUUUAAAGUCAAGCCAAUUCAGCUCCAUUUCCCCGAAUGUUUUUAAUCCCAUGCAGAUGUUGUAGCUGGCUCAAGUGCUGAAUUAGAUUAGCUGCAUUUAUGUGGCUUAUGGAAGUCAUUGCAAACACUAAAAUGUCCCACAUAAAUUUAACAUGGAAAAAAUGGCUUCUGGAGAGGACAUGUAAUGUUAUAGAAGGAAUUCAGUGAUGAAUAUGUUUUGAUCGUGUGUUAACAGAGCAGUAUACAAUAAAAUAAGAUUUUCUUAAA